AUGCCGGCGGUGAUAAAUAUGGACGAGUUGACAGACGUGGAUAAGGCUAAAAUGUCAAACCAUUAUUUUGUACGACAGACGUCUAAGUGCUGUACUGAGUUUAUGGAGGCCGUUCAGGCCGGUGUAGAAGAGGACACCCUGGUCAAAGGUAUUGCAGAGGACAAGAACCCAUUCAAGGAGUUGAAAGGUGGAUGUGUCGUCUGCUGA